AUGCUUUGCGACAGUUUGUCAUGGAAACAAAUUUCGAUCAAAAGAAGUGUGAUGGCUAUCUCCUGGCUGAAUCCCACGCACCUCAAGGCAUUAGGGCUGAAAUGUGUCGUUUGUCGUCUCACUAUCAAAGGGUAGGCCUCAUGUAUUAAGGUGUUCGUACGGCGUGUGUUGUGAUUUUUUUGACGCGAUUAAGAAUAGCUAAUAGGCCUUUGUGCAAAAUGUAUGUUUCGGGAAUCCACAUUUGGACUGUAUAGCCUAUUUUUGUGAUUUAUGGUACGUUUUAAUCUCCAUUCUUGCAGCCUGUUGUUGUUGUUAUUGACGGGAACGGAAUACCACUCCUGAAUGUGUCGCAACAUCCUCGACACGCAGAGGCAACAGGACCUUAUAAAGUGAAGAAAUGGAUUACUUCACUGGACGUUGGAUACUAUGAAUCCAUAAUGACGUUCAUUAUAUCUCGUGGGUGAUGCUGCAACCUAUUGCCUCGUAGAAUAUUGGCAGUAUAAUUUAUAGUUUUCCGUACUGUGUUUUAUUUUGAAAUUCCUGUGCGGAAAUCGUUCCUGUUCUUCUAUGAUUGACGUUGUCAGGAAGUGGGAUGUGGCCAGAUUGUAUUUGUGCUGCUGUUCAAGAUAUGAAAACCAUUGAAUCAGGGACCGCUGCUUCGUCGCAGGACACAGCGGGGAUUACAACACUGUUACCGGACGUCACUCAAGUUGCUGUUGGUGGUCGAAAGCAGCAAAAGGAGCCGCUGUGUUGCUUACGUCUGGACUGGGCCACUUUAAAGAUUUCACAACCUCACGCCCAAACAUUUUAUUGCAAUUACUCUAUAUCCAGGCCGAUUCUUGUGUAAAAAGUAUGUGAAUCCAUGCAGUGACAUUUGGAUUUGAUUUGGGCGGAGAUUAUCUUUUAUUACAAAUGUCAGCAAGUCAUCAUCACCAAAUUAUGAUGAAGUCCACGUUAGCCCUGGGCAGACUGGAGCUGACUUCCAGCACAGUCAACAUGACCCCGUGCAUAUCUCCCGGUGGCUCCACCAAAGAGAAGAGUACUCAGCGGCCAAAGGAACCACAAGGUCCGGCUCACCUGAAUGGAUGCGUACCACUGUCACAUCAGGUCGCGGGUCACAAGUAUGGAGUCGAUAAAGUGGGAAUUCUGCAGCAUCCAGAUGGAACAGUCCUGAAGCAACUUCAGCCUCCACCCAGAGGACCAAGGGAGAUGCAGUUUUACAGCAUGGUAUAUGCAGAGGACUGCUGUGACCCUUUUCUUCUUCAGCUCCAGAACCAUCUCCCAAAAUAUUACGGCACCUGGUCCUCUCCUGAUGCACCUAAUGAUCUGUACAUGAAGCUAGAGGAUGUGACUCGACACUUCGUCAAGCCGUGUAUCAUGGAUGUGAAGCUGGGCCAGCGAAGCUACGAUCCAUUCGCCUCACAGGAGAAAAGGGAGCAGCAGAUUAGGAAGUACCCACUGAUGGAGGAAAUAGGCUUUCUGGUCCUUGGCAUGAGAGUUUACAAGCUUUGCAGUGACACGUAUGACACGUUCGACCAGCAUUACGGGAGGGGACUGCUGAAGGACACCAUUAAAGAUGGCUUGGCUAAAUUCUUCCACAACGGUGUUUGUCUGAGGAAGGACGCCGUGGCAGCCAGCAUCCGCAGAGUGCAAAACAUCCUCCGCUGGUUUGAGUCUCAGCGUCAAUUGGCCUUCUAUGCCAGCUCCCUUCUCUUUGUCUAUGAGGGUUUCCCCUCGCCCGUCACCUCAAGCGCCUUUUCCUCCCUCUUCAGCAAACCUCCAAUCAGCCCAAUGGCGGGCAGAAGGAGUUGGGAUGGGGAGGAUGAAGGGAGACCGGAGAUAGGGAGCAAGAAAGAAGAGAUGGCAGAGUACAACAAUAACAACUUUCAGGUUGCGGUGCCGUGUGAUUGCAGCCUAGACUCCAUAUACACCAAUCACAGGAAAGGUGGCCUCCAUCUUUGUGAUAAGAGCCACCUUCAUGGCAACAGUGGAGAUGAUGGCACUUUGGGGACAACGGCAUGCAAACCACUUUCUGGAGAGAAACUGCCUGAGCUCCGUGAGCAAGACAACUCUACAUGGUUGUCCCAGCAACCACCAAACGGAAAUGGAAACAAAUCCCAACUGGAAGGAAAGGCCGAGAGUAGCGAGAAGGAGAAGAGCAGCAGGACAGAAGAGGACAUAGUGCGAGGACAAGGAGGAGGUGACGCAGCAGAGUUCAGCGAAGGAGAUGCAGACGUGGAGGUGAAGAUGAUCGACUUUGCGCACGUUUUCCCCAGCGAGAGCCUGGAUCACGGCUACAUCUACGGCCUCAAGCAUCUGCUGACUGUGUUGGAGCAGAUCCUUUGUGAUGAUGUUUAGACUCCUUUUUUCUUUUUUUUUAACCUCCUGAUUGCCUGAAAGUGAACCACUGACUCCUACCCGUCCACUCUCCCUCCCGAAUCUUGGAACGACCCACCACCAUCAUCAUCUCACCUGUGAUAGCUCUCGUUGAUGUGUUUGUGCGUCGUUUUACCGAGCGAAAGUCACCGAGGCUGACAGAUCCGCAGCUCUCCAUGCACUAACCAUUCCGAUGAAGGUGUUCAGUCGGGUAUGUUGACUCUCACGUUACACAAACCCCAAAAUGUGACCCAACCUUUCCUGUAGUCCAUUUGAAAUACACUGGAUUUGACAAAUCUAUUUUUAUAUCAUGGCCACUAAAAAAACUUCUUUUGUUGUAUAUCAGAACAUCUCAAAUCGUGAGUGGUGCAGAGAUUUUUCUAUAUUGUUUAUAUCAUAGUAACUAUUUGAUCAUAUUUAUGGCAGUUUUAGGUUUUAGAGUUGAUUUUUGUGAGGAUGCUGAGAGACAAGCUUUCACCUUAAUUCUAUGCAUGGAAAGAAAAAAUAGUUUCGCUUAUUCUUUUCCUCUUUCAAACCAUCAUUUCAUGGUACUACACUACAUUUCUCCAACUUUCCUGUCUUUGUGGCUAAUUUCAAGUUGUUACCGGGCUGUCGAUCGAUUAAAACAUUUAAUCGCGAUUAAUCGUGUUUUGUCCAUAGUUAACUUGUAAUUAAUUGCAGAUCGUUGUGUACCUUUUUGAAAGAUAAUUCUAAAGUUUUUAAUGUACCUGUCAACAUGAGACUGGGUAAUAUGCGGGCACACAAAAUGGUUCUCAAUGUAUAAAAAAAACAGACACAAUGUACAACAACGAGUAGACAUUGGAGAGGUAAACUGUCCAUCACUCAAAUAUCAUUCCCUUCAAGCAAAGAAUCUGACUAACAUUACACAUAAAGGUUUGCAAAAACACCCAACAAACUACAUGAAAUGAAAACAAUGCGUUCGAAAAAUAAAUAUUGCCAAAAAAAUAAAGUGGUCAAGAACGGUCAGUAGUUUACAGAACUAGGACUGCGCCCAUAUACUGUAGUACAAUCAGGUUAUAGCUUAUACUUCACUUCCAAAAACUCUUUUACACACACUUUAUCACACUUUUCUUAGUCGGGUGACUUCAACAGCAUGGAAGUAUAACACAACAUGCACGUUUUAUUCUGUCCUAUUUGACAAACACAGCAGUUCCAGCAUAAACGCGAAUAAAUUGCUAAUAAAUCAUAAUAAUAAUGUUAAUGAAUUCCCUCACGAGCCUCUUUGAGUGCUGUUUGUGUGCUCGCUCACUUUCACCUUUGUCCCCACAUACUAAGGAGACACAAGCGCUCUAAAUAGCUGUCUUUGGCUCUGCCUGUCGGUAACCAGCAGCUCGUAACCCACAUUUUAGCUCGCAAUUCAAAACAAAAAAAUCAUCAAAAUGGCUUGUAUCUUAAAAAAAAUAAAAUAAAACACUCGUUAGUUGGUCCAGCAAUUGGCAUUUGAGACUUGACAUACUCGGGUACGUCAACUCACAGGGACAGUAGAUACAAAUAACAUUGGUCUUGUCGAGAGAGCCAUCUGCCAGGGCUUUGAGGCUAAAGUCACCAUUCAGAAUACCCUUUUCUUUGUCCACUUCUGCUCAAUAUUUGUUCCUGCUUGUGGCUCAACAUCAACUACACCGCGGAUGCGUUUUCUUAAACUGCGGUGUGGGCCAAGGGUGGGUGAACUUAGGCAGCCCUAGUUAUCAUUAAUAACUAAUUUUGUGUAUUCUUUUGAGCUGUUCUGUUCAUUUCUGUUACGCAGGCGGGUGUCAUGACAAGCGUUCGGUGCUGUGCCCACCUCUUCUAAAUGUGCUGCGGCCAGGAAAUGUACCGUGUUACAGACUUCAGGUGUGAAGUGGGCCCGUGUGCAAAUACAAAUUGCACAGUGUGAGUGGGGCCUUUGUGUCAAAUUAUUCUAAUGGCACAUUCUAGAUGGAUUUCAUUGUAGUGGUCGUUGAACUACUUUUUUUUUUUUAACAGUACAGUGGCAGCGUCUCUCAGCAUUCAUUCACAAUUUCUAGUUUUUUAGCAUUUCAUUGAAUUGAGCUUACAUGCACUCCGCAACAUUUAAUUGCUGCAUAAUUGACAAGCGUACCGUGUCUAAUGAGUGUAUAAACUGUCUACCUUUUUCAGUGCUUACAGGUUUCUCCUAUUGUCACCACCAGGAAACAAAUUUUCAUUAGUUUAGUCAUAGCAACACUUAUUAAGUUACAGUAAAUGAACAAUCAGAGCUGUGAAUAACACAACCACACCAUCUCAACUGGAUUUUCUUCCUUGCAAGUUUACAGAGCAUUUUGAAAAGACAAGCAAACCAUCAACUGGAUUCAAGCGUGACUGUUUGAAGCGUAAACUGACACACCUUACUGCCGGGCAUUACGUCAGCCAAGUUACUUUAUUUGUACACUUUUACCUUGAGUUGUCGCUGUGUGUUUUUGUUGAAUCCAGUGUCAACAGGGAUCUGACUCAGGUAAAUGAAUGGAAAAAAGAAAGAAUGCAUAGUUUAUAUUAACAUUGUGAUGGCAUUAUAUAGAGUGUAUGGUUUUUACCAUGCUUUUAAAUAUUACAUACGCGCCCGACUGCCUGUGCUUUUGUUUUGUUCUGCUUCCUGAUAUUUGCAGCCUUAGACACUCCCACUUUAUUCUUUAUAAUAUAUGCUAAAAUAUUAGUUUGAGGGGCUAUACAGUCGUCCCUCGCCACUUCGCAGUUCAAACAUCGCUGCCUCAUUCGAUCGCGUUUUUAAAAAAAAUGAGGUAAUAAAUAAUCACUGUUUGGUGGUUAACUAGGGCCGUAAAAAAUAUUGAAAGACAAGUCAUGUCGCAUUCUGGUCACUAGAUGUCAGCAGUGUUACAUUACAUUAUCUUAACUUGCACUGUGUGGAGUCAGCCGUGGACGCAGAGUGCAAAAAAGUUGUCCUCCCAGUCCGUGUGGAAGUGGUAUGUUGUUGGCUUCUUACUUUGUCCUUCUUCUCCACUCAGUUUCAGACCCUUUCCUAAGUUUAGAAUAAAUAAAUUGGAGGCUAACUAGUUAGCUCGGUAGCUUGCCAUGCUUAAAGCAGCGGCUUGUGUCCCUGCAGAGAUUCUGUAGCCUGUGCAAACAGUGAGGGAUGGAUGAUAGACUGAUGUCCAUCUUUUUUUUUUAAUGCCAUGCGAUCGACCCACAUUAUGUUCAAGAUACUACAACAAGGAACUCUCCUAGUGCUAUGUCUUACCUCUUAUCAUGUCUACUAUAUUAGGUAAUAUGAGUGUAAAGGUGACUAUAGGGGUGUUUAUUCCAUAAUAAUUCAUAAUUAUUUCUCUAAUAAUAAACAGGUUUUCUAUGCUCUAACUGUGAAAAUAUUCCAUUUAUUAAUAUUGAAUCCUACUUGGUGGAAAUUCGCUUAUAACGGUUGGGUCUGGAACCCAAUUAACCGCGAUAAAUGAGGGACGACUGUACCAUGAUUGACGUGAUAUAAUAAUGUGUUUUUGUCGUCAUAAAGUGGAGAAUGAGGUACGACUGUGGAAUAGUUGGAACAAACCAGAUGUAGUGAACGCUACCUGGUAAGACCACAGCUGCCAAAGCCGAGCUUUAUGUUUGGAGUGAAGAAAAAGUGCUGCUUAGUGAACGGUGAAUGAAGAUAGACAGUCAUUGAAUGUUUUAUUUUUUUUUUGGGGGGGGGGGAUCUGAGCAAAGUAGAAUACCGUAUUGACCCGAAUAUAAGACAACCCCUGACUAUACUGUCUUUUUCAAGAUUAGUUUUUUGAAAAAUAUUUUUUUCACAAAAAGGGAUUUUAAAAACUGUGUUUUCAGUAUCGGUCAAAUAGCAGGUAGUUUGCAAUCAAACGAGGCACUGGUGCCAUAUGUCAGACUCAGAACAUCCAUCUGUUCCAGUGCGGUUCCAGCUUUUCCUCUACUAUGCUAUUUCCUCAACUCACCACGGGUCAUGGACAAUCCACAAAGCCGCCUGUCAGUCUCGUUGAACCGAGCCACAAUAAACCGUUCUUUCUGGGCACACCAUUUCCGUACAUCACACUUUGGAAUUUGAUGUUUCUUAGCUAUUUGACAGUUGUUAGUGUGACGAUUGUGUCGUUUAUCGCCGUUGUCUUAAAGCAGGGGUGCCCAAAUUUUGGCCGAGCAAAGUGAAAGGAUGCAAGGGCAUUUUCCAAAUAUUAAAAAUUUCCAAAUAUUAAAAAUUUCUUCUUAAAUAAUCUUCAUUUUUUUCCUCAUAAUAUUAUGAUUUUAUUCCCAUAAUAUUUUGACUUUAAUUUUCAACCUAAUUUUCCCAAAAAAAACUGUUAUAUUUUGGGUUUUUUUGCUUCUCAUAAAAAAAAUCACAAAAAAAACCCAACAUUUCUUUAAUAAUUCAACGAUAUGCUACUAAAAGGCCAUUAUUUUUCCUUAUUUGGAUUAUUUUUGCAAAAUUAACUUUUUUUCUCUUAACGUUUUUACUUUUAUUCUUGCAAGUUACAUUCCCGCCCCCAGAUUUCUGCUGUUUCUCAUACUUAGAACUUUAUUCACAUAUUUUGACUCGUAACAUAACUUUUUCCCAAAAAUGACAACUUAAUGCGUUAUUUCUCGUAAUAUUCUGACUUUUUUCUUUAAUAUUUCAACUUUAUGCUCCUAAAACUUUAUGCUCCGGCACUUUGGACACCCCUGUUUUAAAGUUAGCAUCUUAACUCCUCUGUUAUUUGCCAACUUCCCCACCUUUGAGGAACUUUUUCCGAGUUUUCGCUCAAGUUUACUGGGGUGUGCGCGCGUCAGGGUGGGUGAGAAGUUGUUAAGCACCACCCGCGGCUUUGCACGGAUAAUUCUCUAGAUUUCCAAUAUAAAAUGACACGUCUUUUCAGAAUUGUCUUGAGUAGUAAAGUGCUGCAUUGUAUUCCGGUCAGUACAGUCAUUUUAUUUGCAAUUAUUUACCCUUCCUGUUGGGGUUCGAGCUCCUCGUUCAAGUUCACCCCAGCCUAAACCGACCGCUCUGAACAGGCCUGUUGAGAGCAGAUUUUAAGUGUGCUCACAGACGUGCUAAAGAUAAAAAGAAACUGUUUUCAUCCGUGGAAAUAAGAAACGCAUAAUAUGGCUCCUUUAACUCUAAACAGUCAUAAACCUAAAUGUUUUUUGGUUGGUCAUAUUUGUUAGAUGGAUUACAAUUUAUAAUAUAUAUAAAGAUAUAUAGAGGCUUGUAGGCUACUAGUUUUCUAUUCAUGGGCUGCCACUGCAGAAAUGUAAGUCCAACUAGAGAAAUGUGUCAUUCACGUCAUAUACUGGUACAUAAGGAAGUGCAAGUGUGUUUUUAAUUGCUGCUGGGCAUUUGUUUGAAUGGAACAUCCUUCACAUUGUAACAGGCUUCUCAUUUUGUGCUUGGACAUUGCAAGCUGCUUGAUUUUACUGAUAUGCACAGGCCUUUUACACCCAAUAUGUAGCUUUUAAAUAUACCUAUGUACUGUAUACAAUGAAAAUAUGUAAAGCCAAUGAUAAUCCCUUGGCAAUUUAACCCGAUUUAAGUUGUUGCACCUUUAAUGUGACAAAAAAAAAGAGCCCGCUAAUAAUCGUUUGGAAUGAACAUACAUUUUUAGGAGACUUCAGUGUUUACAUGAUUUAGCAAUUAUUUGUCUGUAACUGCAUAUAUGAAAUUGAUGAAUUAAUUUGUGUCUUUGAAAUAUCCUUCAUUCAUUCUGGCAGCUUUAUCAGCCUCUCCGCUUGUUUUGCUAUGGCAAGCUAACAAGUUCCAUAUCAUGCAUAUUUACAUGGAAUAAACCGUAAAUUAUUACGGUGUAAAAUGACACUGAUGCAACUUUUGUGCAUUGUGUAAAGGCAGAUAAUCGUGUGAUGGUCCUACAUGUAGUCACUUUUACAGCUAAUACACAUAACUUUAUUUACAAACCUUUUUCACCCAAUUUGUGGACUUUUUUUUUAAAGUUUCAAGUACAUUUUGUAUCAAUUAGAAUUCCCAUUCACAAAGUGACAAAGCAGAGCCCUGAACAUUAUACAGAAAUUAUUAUUACAGUGUACAAUGGAACCUUGGUUUAACGUCAAUAAGCGUUCCAGAAGGUCUAACUGAAACGGACGAUAUCCUACCCUAUUAGCUAGCUUACAAAAUGGCGACCGGAAACCGAAGUUACAUGGCCGUCUACAAUGCCGACUCUCAAAGAACAUGUUUUUAUAGUUGUACAGGCAUAAAACAACUCUAAAUGUAUAGAAAUAGUGAAUGAUUGGAUGAAUUAACCAUUAAGGUUACUUUUACCUUCACUGAACACGCUAUUGUUGACCUGACUAAAAACAGGAAACUGGUGGUGAUUGAUCUCGCUACCACAUCGUGUCCUUGGGAGCCUAGUCUUCAAUGAAGGUAAAAGUCACCGUAAAUGUUCAUUUAUCCUGUUCAUUCAUCAUUUAUAUGUAUUUUGUAUUGUUUUCUACAAGCAAGACUAAUUUUAAGACUAUAAAAACGUGUUUUGUGUUAAUAUUUUAGAGUCAGCUGAUGAUAUCAUAGACUUCCGGUUUUGGUUGCCAUUUUGUUUAUCUAGCUAAUGGGAUGCUAACCAGGAAGGACGUUUUGUGAUUAAAAAGAAAAAAAUAUAUAUUAAGAACACUGAUGAACCCACGGAGGGCAUAAUAACACGACAAGACGUGCGCCGUAUUGUAUGCUAACCGGAGAAUGCACGCUAACCGGGGGCGGAAGCUAACCAAGGUUCCACUGUAUUAUUAAAAUACACAAGUAAAAACAUCAUUUCUUACUUCUAAUUCAAACACAAUGUGUUCUGGGAUGCUGGUUGACCAGUCAUUUGUAUUUAGGAUAUCCCCCCCCCCCCAUCACCGUAGGAAAUUAUGGCAAUGGAAUGAAUCUGUUCCAGAGUGAUAUCACCAUGAUAACAUGAUUAUUAACAGGUUGUGUUAAAAAAUAGUUUGAGUUGACUGCUGUUUGAAUUGAAAUGCAAAAACAAUAAAAAACAUUCCCACCCUG